AUGAGGACUGGUCCGCCACGGUCAUUGUCGUACAGUUAUUCGACUCCAAACUCUCCCGCUACUUCUAGGAAUAACUCCAAGCACGAAAACGGCGACCCAAAACCAGAUUCUGCCGUAGAACAAGGAGACUUCCCUUUCGUGUCUCCCAGCACUGACUUUCGCGACGCGUUGGAGUUUAGGAGUGCUUCGACUGAUAAGAAAGGGAAGAGGAGGGAGAGUAAACUUCUUGACGAGAGUUGGAAUCCUCUCAAAUGGUUUCACGAGUCUCCGAAGGAAGAGAAGGCUGGCUUUGAUUUCGAUGGCGUCAGUGCAGAUGGUCACCCUAGAGAACCAGUGACCGACGGUGAAGAAAGCACCAAACUCCCACCUUCUGGUCUACGGCGCAUAUCAUCAGGACCACCUGCUCCUCCAGAACGAAAGACUACGGGAGCAAGAUGGGGACGGUUACGCUCAUUAAUUCCAAACGUCAUUACUCAGGUCUCCCAUAGCCCCGUAACACCAGGACCAUCAGCCGUCACGUCUAAUGCUGUGAAUAUUACCGACGAACUUAUCGCCGGAGGCCUUUCGACUCUCAUGUUACGCUUAUGGUUCGAGCGUGACGAAAAUGACUUGCGACGUGUUCCCGUACUCUUCCACCGACUUCGCAUCCGUGUCAGCGAUAGCUUGCAUCCUUUACACAGUCAUAAAUCUGUGUUCAGGAUCGAAUGUGAAUAUGCAAACGGUGCUGCGCGCUGGGUAGUUUACCGACAACUUCGUGACUUCAUCUCUCUUCAUUAUCACUACAGUUUAUCCAAUGCCCUACAACGCAAUGUUGAAAAGAUCCCUGAAUUCCCUAAGACCAGUUUACCUUAUUUUAAAUUUUUACAGAAGGAAGGCCGAGAGAAAGGCAAUCAAGUUGGGCAUGCCGACUUUGCUCGUUUACAACGCGAAGCCUUGGAAAAUUAUCUUUUAGAUCUUAUCCGUGCUGUUAUGUUUCACCCCGCAGCUAACCGCUUGGCUAGUUUUCUUGAGAUCAGUGCACUUUCCAUGUACCUUUCCCCAUCUGGAGGUGCCCAGUAUAAAGCUGGCUAUUUACGGAUAGAAGCUGAAGAAGGAGAGUUUGGGCGCAAAGGUUCAAGCUGGAGGGCCAAGCGAGAAUCAAGGUGGUGUGCCGUCCGAGAAAGCUACUUGGUAGCACUUGUUGAGCCGGGAGAGUUAACCGUUUGGGACGCCUUUCUGCUGGAUUCCGAUUUUAAGAUCGAGCGUCCUAAGCGGUAUUAUCGACAAGGACUGAGUCUUCUUCAUUCCGACACCACACACAACGAGGACCAGUCACAUAUAAAAGCGAAGGAACGCAAAUCGGAAGCAAGUGCAGAAACAGAGCAUAGGUCUCUGAUGGGAUCUAUUAAGGGACGAUUUUCACGAGCUCUUCGUCUCAAUCACAGUACACAUUUCCACUCCGACCAUGGUGAAGAGGCUCAAGAUGGCUCCUCUUCAUCUUCAUCUUCUGUGGCAUCGCAUGCCCCGACUCCCCUGCUUGAUCCGUCUACCAACACCAAUCCUCUUUCCGGUGGUGUCGACAACCAAGACAUAGUUGACGGCGAGCCUUGGAAAGCCGAGAAGAAGAAGAAAAAAAAGAUUCAAACUGACGUUUCGAAACACACUUUCUAUAUAUCAAACUCGCAAAUGCGGCUGAGGUUGUAUGCUCGGAAUGAGAGACAGAUGUUGCAGUGGAUAACAGCUUUCGAGCGGGUCGCUGCUGCCUCACAUCAUACGGGGACCAACAGGUUUAAUAGUUUUGCUCCGAUACGGCUCAAUGUUGCAGCUCAAUGGCUCGUUGAUGGUCGUGACUAUUUUUGGAAUCUAUCCCGCGCAAUCUUGCUUGCAAGGGAAUCAAUUUACAUUCACGAUUGGUGGUUGUCCCCAGAGCUUCAGCUUCGCCGGCCCAAUAAAGAGCGUUAUCGACUAGAUCGAUUGUUGGAGAGAAAGGCCAAGGAAGGCGUCAAGAUCUGUAUCAUCGUCUACAAAGAGGUGUCGAGUCGUACAACGCCGACAGACAGCAAUUAUACAAAGCAGCGUCUGGCGUCCCUACAUCCUAACAUCAUGAUUCAACGGUCUCCGUCGCAUUUCCAGACAGGUACUUUCUAUUGGGCGCAUCAUGAAAAGCUUUUCGUCAUAGAUCAAGCCAUCGCUUUCAUGGGGGGACUUGAUGCUUGCUUUGGAAGAUGGGAUACUCCGCAGCACGCACUUACCGACGAUGCUGAUGACGAGUUAUCUCAAGUAUGGACUGGCAAAGAUUAUAGCAACGCUCGGAUUUCGGACUUCCAUACGCUCAACAAGCCUGAAGAGGAUAUGCAUGAUCGUACGAAGAUACCUCGCAUGCCCUGGCAUGAUGUUGGUAUGCAGGUAGUUGGGCAACCCGCUCGUGAUCUGGCUCGGCAUUUCGUUCAAAGGUGGAAUUAUCUUUUGAGAAUCAAGAAUCAUUCUCGAGCCAUGCCCUUCCUUUUGCCACCUCCGGAAUUCAGACCCGGCGAACUGACGCAGAUGGGUUUAACUGGUACGUGUGAAAUGCAAAUCUGUCGUUCAGCGGGACCCUGGUCUUUAGGGACCGCGAGUCGCAUCGAACAUUCCAUUCAAAACGCAUAUCUCAAGGCGAUUCAAAUGUCAGAGCAUUUCGUGUAUAUCGAGAAUCAGUUCUUCAUCACUUCUACCACUGUCAACGACGUCAGGAUUGAUAACAAGAUCGGCGACGCCUUGGUUCACAGGAUCAUCAAAGCUGAUCGCGAUGGAACCCCCUGGAAGUGCUGUGUGGUCAUCCCCCUACUCCCAGGCUUUGCGUUCCCUUUAGACCAUAGUGAUGGCAGUUCUAUCCGCAUCAUCCUCGAAUGUCAAAAUCGUACCAUAUCCAGAGGCUCCAAUUCAAUAUUCGGAAGGCUCAGGAAGGAAGGCAUCGACCCGGAUGAUUAUAUUACUGUAUUCUCCCUUCGUAAUUGGGGUAAGCUCAGAGACGUGUUGACGACCGAGCAGGUUUACAUCCAUGGGAAGGUUUGCAUUGUAGACGACCGGCUUGCCAUCAUUGGAAGCGCAAACAUCAACGAACGAUCUCAGAGGGGGGAUAGGGACUCUGAAAUUGCGGCCGUAAUUCGAGAUACAGAUAUGAUCGAUUGUACCAUGGCCGGGAAACCAUUCAAAGUGGGACGUUUUGCUCACACUUUACGAGUCCGGCUGAUGAGGGAACACAUCGGCGUUGAUGUCGAUGCUUUGUAUGAAGAAGACUUAAUGGCUUCUGAUACCGUAAAACCCGAGCAUGAACAAGUAGCUUUGAAUCCUGGUAGCGAACAGCGCCACCGACGGGAGAAUGGUGCUGCUGAGCCGGCGACGGCUGGUAGCUCUUCACAUGCAACUACAGACGGCGUUGAUCGAGGUAUCUUCGACUCUUUGAACUUAUUUUCUGUAGAGCUAAACGGUCCAUCAGAAGCAACUAUCGACACUACAAGACAGGUCUCAUCGGAGACUGACGAUGACAUGGACACGGCGUUUCCGAAAAACACCCGCACUGGAGAGAAUGUGCCGAGUACCACGCUGGAAGAGAAAGUCGUUCAAGAUCAUCUCAACGGAGGAAGGCCACUCGCAAAUGGACAUGCCCAGAAUGACAAGGCUCAGGACAUAAAGCGGACGUCUCACGACAAUUCGUCUCCAAACGGUGCUUCACAUCUCCCAUCGAACGGGAACCUUUAUGGGACAUCUGUCGAUGCCUAUAGAUCCCCCGAAAUAGAUGAUCAGUUCCCGCAUGUUCGUUCGGGACCAGAGAGUGGGGAGGAUGAAGAAUGUACGGUUCCAAGAGCACGUUCAACGCUCCGUAAAAAUCUGGGGAGUAAGUUGGGCCACAAUAACAAGUGGACUGUCCCAACACCGCGACCUCAUGUCGAUCCGAACGGUUUUGAGGAUCCUAUAUCGGACGCAUUCUGGAAGGAUGUGUGGGUCGCAUGUGCUGUCCAUAAUACGGAGAUAUAUCGGAAAGUCUUCCAUGCUGUUCCGGAUGACGUUGUCACAACUUGGAAGCAGUACAAGGAGUUCGUAUCACAUCACGAGCGCCUGAAUAAACCAGUAAGAAUAAUCCUCUCUCCGGGAAUCGGAAGAGUGCCGUCUGAAACUGGAGACGAUACCGUUCUCACUAGUGAAAUUCCAGCUUCUACCGAACAUGUAACGGAGCAAUCCGAUGGGCAUGUAUAUCUGAAUGAGGAGCCCGAUCUGAGCAGCUCUCCUGGCGUAGCGGACAAGGAGCCUACCCGUGUUCGCUCACGGUCUACGCGAAGCACGGAACCUUUUACGAAGGCUGAGCGAGACGAGAUGGAAAAAUUGCUGGGCGAGUUGUGUGGACAUUUGGUGAUAUAUCCCAACCGCUUUUUGGAGGGUGAGGACGUUGCAAACAAUUUCUUAUUCAAUGCCGAUCGGCUCUUGCCCCUACCUAUUUAUGACUAA